CUCUCUCUUCCUCUGUAUCUGUCGCUGUUUCUCUCUCUCUACGUGCAUUACCCACGCACGAAAUCUUUUUCGCGCCACGGAUCGCUUGCGUUUGGCCGCUGAGAAAUUUCCUCUGCCGCCGCGACGUUUUUCCGGGGAUGUCUCGAUGGUUUCGGGAAUGCCCACCGUUCCUUCUCUUCUCUUUGGCUCAGGCCGUUGGACCCACAUUAUUGGUGGGAUACAAUGCAGGGUGCUCACUAUCUCUCUCUUUCUAAAGCUGUUAGAGUCGGUGACAGGCAUCGAGCCGGCGAGAAAGAGGACUCGAGUUCCCUCAUCCAUCAUAUUGGCCACGAUAACUCCGUCAGUUGCCUCCUCCGCUGCUCGAGGUCUGAUUAUGGCUCCCUCGCAUCUGUGAACCGGAGCUUUCGUUCUCUGAUCAAGAGUGGCGAGCUCUACCGGCUGAGAAGGCAAAUUGGGGUUGUCGAACACUGGGUGUACUUCUCCUGUAAUCUCCUUCAGUGGGAGGUGUUUGAUCCCAUUCGUAGCCGUUGGUUGCACUUGCCCAGGAUGAGUGCAAACGAGUGUUUCUGUUUCUCCGAUAAGGAGUCACUGGCUGUCGGUACUGAACUCCUUGUCUUUGGAAAGGACAUAAUUUCCUAUAUCAUAUACAAGUACAGCAUCCUGACGAAUACAUGGACAUCGGGCAUGGAGAUGAACGUGCCUAGGUGCUUGUUCGCGUCGGCUAGUCUAGGAGAAAUCGCAAUCCUAGCUGGUGGUUGUGAUCCACGAGGCAACGUCCUGAGCUCCGCCGAGCUAUAUAACUCGGACACCGGAAGAUGGGAGAUGCUGCCAGACAUGAAUACAGCCCGAAAGAUGUGCUCUGGAGUAUUCAUGGAUGGGAAGUUUUACGUGAUUGGUGGGAUUGGAACAGGGAACAUAAGGUCUCUCAGCUGCGGAGAAGUGUACGAUAUGGAGACUAGGACAUGGAGGGAGAUACCUAAUAUGUUCCCAGCCCGGAAUGGCGAGACUGGGGCGACCGAGGCUCCUUCUGUGGUUGAGGCUCCUCCCCUGCUUGCAGUGGUGAACAACGAGCUCUACGCGGCUGAUCUUGCAGCGAAGGAGGUCAGGAAGUAUGACAAGGUGAGGAACUCAUGGUCUACGUUGGGGAGCUUGCCGGAGCAUGCCAUGUCAAUGAACGGUUGGGGUAUCGCUUUUCAGGGAUGCGGUGAGAGGAUAGUUGUUAUCGGCGGACCCAGGAGUUUAGGGGGUGGAACUGUUGAACUCAACUUCUGGGUUCCCAAUGAAGGGCCACCACAGUGGAAGCUGCUAGCCAGAAAACCAUCAAAUACUUUUGUGUACAGCUGUGCUGUGAUGGGAUGCUGACUUGCUGAGGCUCUGGUGCAGCUUCUUGUGGCGCCGCUUGAGCUUAAUGGAAGGGACGGCUUUUGUGGAGAAGGGUGUCAGCUGGAUGGUAAUCUCUGCUCUUAAGUAAUUUAGAUUUGCAAAAAAUUAAUAGGAGGGUCUGGAGAGUUCUUUUUCGUCAGUUAUAUAUUUAGUUUUGUCGCGUUGCGUCUUUCUUGUCAUAUUUACCUUCUAAAGUUUUCCAAUGGGGGCGUCAUGUAGAGAGGUACAGGUGAAUAACUGAAGCACCAAAUCAUGUGAAAAUGUAUGCUCUUCACAGAAAAUUAAGGCACCACCGCAAACUGUACAAAUCUUUGCCGUUCUCAUGUGUUGAAUGUUCUCGACUUUACAACCAGAUGAAUUGAUUGAACGAAUUCAUAAUCAACAUAUCCCAAAAGAUUUUAUUAACCAAAUGGAAAGCACAAGAUGCAUAAUGUUAAGCGAAUGAAUGAACCACAAGGAAGUUGUAGAUGCACUAAAAGAUGGGUCUGGGAAAGAAGCGGCCCAACAUGAAAUGAUGAACUGAUCUUUGUCAAUAUGAAGAAGUAUCUUCUCUGAG